AUGGUGAAAGAGUUCUUCAAUACAUUUCCCACUACCAAGAAUCUAGUAGCCGAUUCAAAGAAGACAUCCAAAAGCCCGCAAAUUAUCAAGGACUACCAGAAAGCGCUUUCUAGCCCAGACCCAACUUCGCUGGAUGACGUCAGACGUGACUUGAUGGAAGGAGUAACAGGGAUUUUGAUCAAGAAUGGCGAGUUGGAUGACAGCACAGCACAGCAGUGGAAUUCAAACUCUGCAGGUCAACUGGUGCCUUAUAGUAGCCGCAGAAGUUCAAUCGCAUGCCUCUAUGCAUCUGCUCAAUGGAUUGUAAUUCUGGCCGUUUGGUCUCCUCUCGGCUUCCGUUGA